AUGGGAAAGCGCCUUCAAGAACAGGACAUCGUAUUUGCCACACAUGAGCAAUACUACAAGGAGUACACUAAGUGCAAUGAUCUCCUUAUCCUGGAAAACGUACCGGAGUACAAGGAGAAACUGGUCGCGUCCCACUUAGGUCCCUCAUGGGCCAUGGACUCAACGAGGCUCGACCCGAGAAUCUUUGGCAUGGGGGUUUCCAGGCCAAGGGUCUAUAUCAUUUGUUGGAGGAAGAAUGUUUUGAAAUGGACUGCUGACUUCCGCCUUGACGAGUUUGUCCGGGCUCUUGCAGCCAAACCACUGCUCACUGCCGGAAACUAUUUCUGGCAGAAGAUUCCCGAGACAACUCUCACGGCUGCUGAGGAGCUUCAGCCCAAUGAUUUGUUAGUGCUUGAGAGAAAUCUCAUGGACUACCGCGCCAUGGCAAACAUGGCCUAUCCGGACCUUACGCAAUAUCCCAAGAACGGCCGGCCGCGGGGCGAAUUGAGGGAUGGUUCCCUCAUGGCCCUGACGACAAAUUGCAGCAAAUUCUUCUCUGAGGAGCACCACAGGUUUAUGGAACCCACCGAGCUCUUGAGUGCCCAGACUCUUCCUACGACUAGGCUGCAGGAAAGGGCUUGUCUUGCUCCAAAAUUGGAGAUUAAGGGAGUCAAUCAAAACUUGAUUCCCAAGUUUGCUGGCAACAGCAUGUCUACUCCGUGUGUAGGGUGUGUUUUGUUGGCUGCCUUGUGCGGCCUUGAACGUAUUUAA